AUGGUGCAGAGCAGCAGCCCCCCCGCCCCCCGCCCAGCGCCACUCCUCGCCCUCUGCCUCUUGGCACACGCAGCCACAGGUUUGGAACUGUCUGUAAACAACCACACUGCUGACUUCUCCCUCUCUACAUCAACUGAAUCUGCCAUCUCCCUCUCCUGCCUAGUACAGAACAGCAGCCAGGCUGAGGAGCUGCUCUGGUACCGAGGAGGUGGGAAAGUGGAUCUGAAAGAUGGCAACAAAGUGAACAUCAGUAACAUCUGCAUAUCCCCAGUCACCAGGUCUGACAACGGAGUCACCUUCACGUGCAGGCUGGCACGGGACAAGUCUGUGCAGGUGUCUGUGCUCCUGGAUGUCCAGUUUCCUCCCCAGCUGACUGGAGAAGAGUCCCUCCAAGUUGAAGAAGACAAAGAUGUCACCCUGAGCUGUGAUUCCAGAUCCAACCCUCAAGCCCAGACAGCUUGGCAUAAGAAGAACAGCACCUUGGCCCUACAGCACAAUCGUUACCAGCUCUACCAGACCAGCGAGGUCUUCCAGCUCUUCAUCCAAAAAGUACAGAAGUCAGACAACGGGACCUACACCUGUGUGGUGAAAUAUUCUCAGGGAGAGUGGAGAAAGGAUUUCCACCUGAUAGUUGAAGAUAAAAAACCUCUUUUUCCCAAGGAGGCUGUUAUUGCAGCUGUGGUGGUGGUCACACUCACACUGCUCUUCGGAAUUGUAGCUCGAAAAGAUAAAAUUUUUAAGUGCUUCAAAACAUCAAGUGAAACAGCUCUGUAA